UCUGCUACGGGGCAGACGCGUGAGAGUCGUUUCCCUCGUUUCGAUGUUUCCCGUGUUUUAAAAAUACGUUAACCAAACAAAAAAUUCAGAAAUUCGUUUAAACGAAUAUGUUAUUUAGUAGCUACAGUUAUAGUCUCCGUAUAUUGAAGCAAUAACAUUAGUGCAACAUUAGUUAGUGUAACAAAUGAUCACUCCGUGUAACAAAUAAACAAAUAGUGUAACAAAUGAACGGGAAAUGUACUGUGUUAAGGUGAUAAGUGAAUAAUUUGCGGAAUGAGGUCGGAACGAUCCUGGUUCUGCUCGAUGCUACAAGCAUUGGCCUUUUUGCCUACGAUGGCUUUAAAAGACUCUCAUACGACGAAGAAAUUUACAGAGGAACCAGAAUUCGAGCAUCCUAUUGGCAACCACACCUUCUUCCUGGGCCGAGAAGCAGUACUCGGGUGCUCAGUUCUUAACCUCGCCAAGCACAAAGUUGGAUGGCUCCGUGCGGAGGAUCAGACAAUCCUAACAAUGCAUGAGCGGGCGGUUCUUGGGUCUCGCUAUGCUGUCACCCUGGACCCACCUAGGACAUGGCAGCUACGUAUUAGGCCACUAAGGGCGGAAGACCGGGGCUGCUAUAUGUGCCAGAUAAAUACCCAACCAACUAUGACCUGGCAGAUUGGGUGUAUCGAUGUUUUUGUGCCUCCAGAUAUAAUGAGCGAUGAUACAUCUGGGGAUGUAUCGGUUCAAGAGUUGGAGAAUGCGACUCUAACUUGCAGAGCGACUGGACAUCCUGCCCCCAAGAUCACGUGGAGGAGGGAAGACCACGAGCCCAUAUUGCUAAAGAAACCUAACUCUAGAGAGUUUGAAAAAGUGGAAAGUUACGUAGGCAGCUCAAUGCCACUAUGGAGAGUGGAUAGGCGGCAAAUGGGCGCCUUUCUAUGUAUAGCAUCCAAUGAUGUGCCUCCGGCCGUUAGCAAGAGGAUCACUCUUAAUGUUAACUUUGCUCCAACAGUCAAAGUUCCAAACCAGCUGCUAGGAGCACCCUUGGGAACGGAUGUCAAACUCAAGUGCUAUGUGGAGGCAUACCCAAAUACAAUUAACUAUUGGAUCAAAAAUAGAGGAGAAAUGCUACUAGAUGGCCCAAAAUACACAAUACGCGAAGAGAAGUCGUCCUACAAAGUAUCGAUGUGGCUGACCAUCCGACAAUUCUCAAAGAGUGAUAUCGGUACAUACAACUGUGUCAGUACCAAUUCAUUGGGGAAAAGUGAAGGGACCCUGCGGUUGUAUGAAAUUAAACUCAACUCGCCAGAGGACUUCAGCAAUCAAAUAAGCGUGGCGGGAGGUCUAACCGAAGCAGCCAAAGCGAAUUCACAGGAAAGGUUGCAUAUACGAAGGACAUUGUUAAUAUUAUUAGUCAGUUGUGUAUAUUUGUAUGUACUGUAGAGAUUGUUUAAUAAAUGCGAAAAUGUAUGCUUUAAAGUAAUCCAAUAAACAUUGUUUCAAAUUGUAAAUAUAAAUAAGAUUGUGUUCUUAUUGUUAUGUUGCUGGGAUCUAUAGUAUGUCUUUAUAGAUAACGCGUAGAUUUUAUUUGCGUCCUGUUCAAUAAUAAUCAUUACAUUUAAAUAAAAACACUUUUUUAACGGAUUGAAGUUUUUUGAAGUUAAUUUAACCGACGUUU